UGGUAUUCGAUUUCAAUGGAGGAGAUGAUGACAACGUGGCGCAACUUCAGUGUACAUACAUGGAGCUGAGUAUUUCCUUCACUGCUCUCUCGCUUCGCCAUACGUUAAUGGCGGAUAGAGGAGCUCUUCCGCUUCUUCGUCCCUUGUUGUCGCCACCGGCCAUAUCUUCUAGUUUCUUAAACAUCCACAUAUGGCGAUUCCAAAACCCUAAAUUAUCCCCAUCUCUUUCUCAUCUCCUCUAUUUCUCUUCCCCAAGCUCUGUAGAAGCUUCGGUGAAGGCAUUCAGAUCGUAUGGAUAUCUCCUCCCGUUCAUCAUCUUAUCGCUUUUUCUCAGCACCGGACCAAAAGCUUUCCUCAUUUCACUAGCCGUAGCCAUCGGACCAUCGCUGUUGUUUCUAGCGUUCCAGAAGUUGAUUGGCUGGGAUAAACGCAGAAGUGCAAAUCAAUUUGGGAUAGAGAUGGAGGAAGAAGAAGAAGAAGUGGAGAGAACAAGGAGCAGAGUUCGAUACAACCCAUCUCAGGUCAGAAACAAUGUCAAUGGCCGUGGAAUCAACCGUGGUUCAGCUGGAAUGGCUUCUAAGUUUGGUGGUUGGGACGAGUUAGACGGGCUCGGGAACAUUUCCGAGCGGCCGAGAAGCGAACCGAGUAAGAAACCGAUGAGGAAGAGGAAGAGAAUAAGAAGAGAAGAAGCAGCAGAACCAUUGUUGUUGAGAUUGUUGGUGUCUUUGUUUCCAUUCUUAAGCUCUUACACAAACAUGCUUAAACCUUCCUGUUCGAUUUCCAUGGCGAAUUUAACGACGAACGCGAAAGCUCGCCUGAGAGGCGUUGUGUUCGAUAUGGACGGAACCCUAACGGUUCCGGUCAUCGAUUUCGCGGCAAUGUACAGGUCUGUCCUCGGUGAAGAUGAGUACAAGCGAAUCAAGGCGGAGAGUCCUACUGGAAUCGAUAUUCUGCAUCACAUCGAGUCGUGGAGUUCAGAUAAACAGCAGAAGGCGUAUGAAAUCAUCGCCGAUUAUGAGAAACAGGGAAUAGAUAAGCUCCAAAUCAUGCCCGGUGCUGCUGAACUAUGUGGAUUUCUUGAUUCCAAAAAGAUAAAGAGAGGGCUAAUUACACGCAAUGUCAAGAAGGCAAUCGACAUCUUCCACCAACGUUUUGAGGUUAUCUUUUCUCCAGCACUGGGCAGAGAGUUUCGUCCGUAUAAGCCAAACCCAGACCCGCUGUUGCAUAUAUGUUCUUCAUGGGACAUCCAACCUAAUGAAGUCAUGAUGGUUGGUGACAGCUUAAAAGAUGAUAUAGCAUGUGGGAAACGAGCUGGAGCCUUCACUUGCUUGCUAGAUGAAACCGGAAGGUAUGGACCAGAUGAUUUUUCUGUCUCUGGACUGCAACCUGAUUUUAAGGUUGAUUCCCUGUCCAAGAUUCAAAACCUAUUGGAGACGAACUUCGACCUGAACCCUUACGAACCAAAAGACGCACAUAACUAUAUACCUGAGCUUCUUUCUGGACUGUUGAGUAUAAGCCAUCGCAGGAGGCAAGACACCAAAGAGGAAGCAGUUUGCAUAAACGCCAGCGAAAUCCAGAGCUCUCGAGAACCUGGAACUCCGAGCACAAACAGCAUCACUACUGCUUCGAAAUUCUCAGGAGCUCUUGAUGGUUCGCUGUAUGAAACUCUCCCAUUGGUUCUCUUAGUACCCUCCUCCGAUGAGAAACUUACCGACCCAAUUCUCCCGUUUCCAUUGCCAUUUGAUUGCUUAGACACAAGCUUCCAUGUAUCGAGGAGCUGCUUCGGGAAGCUAACAGCGUAUCCGAUUAAACUGGUGGCUAAAGCUGAGAAAGCAAAGCCU